GCCAUCAUUUUCGUACCUUUUUCCACUGCAGUGCAUCAAUUUUUCCAGGGUUUUAUAUACCUGUCAAAACGGCAAUAUGUCAAGUGAACAACAUCAAAAAGAGCCUCUAAAAAGGAUAGAAUUAUCUGCAGAAGAGUUUGAUGCUGGGAGUAAAGAAUUGUUUGAUGAAAUAGACAAAGAAAACAAAAACAAUUAUGAGAAAUGCAGCGCAGUAGAAGCCUUUGAUAACUUUUUUCGAUGCUAUUCUUUGGGUCAACAGGCUAUAAACUAUUAUCGAUAUGGAGCGAAAAAGGAUUGCUCAACAAAGUGGGAAGACUUCAAGUUCUGUCUAAGCACAAAAACUAAGUCAGCUGAAAAGGCAGAUGCAAUGAUAAAAGAACGUAAAGCUAUCAAGGAAGCGAUCAGAAGAAGUAAACCCAAUUCUGAAGACGUCUGGGAAGGUAGAGGUUAAAUUGCUUUAAAAGCAUACCCAUUUCCAAUCUGUAUUUAAACUGUAGUGGCUUAAAAAUUAAAGCAAGCCGAAGCAUUUGUAUCAUAGUAAAAACAAAAAACACGAUUUUCUGUACGUUUCC